UUCAGCUGUGUCACGCACCGUCCAGUCUGCACCGCACGCGCUCACUCAGCAACACGUCCUCCAGGAAACUAGACCGAGCUUCAGCCCCGGUGUGUGUGUGUGAGUGUGUGUGCGUGUGAGAGAGAGAGUGUGUGCUGCAGCGGGCCCGGUGCCGGUGCUGGAGGUCUAAUGGCAGGUGUGAGGAGCGGAUCAGGAGCGAGCACGAGACACCUGGCAGCCGUCACUGUCCUCGCGCUGCUGCUGCUCACCUGCUGCGUCAGGUCCCACAGUCCCAAAGCCAGCAACAUCAUCCUCAUCCUCAGCGAUGACCAGGACGUGCGUCUGGGCGGGAUGACGCCCAUGAAGAAAACUAAAGCCUUAAUAGGAGACGCAGGAGCAACUUUUGUGAAUGCUUUCACAGUCACGCCGCUGUGCUGCCCCAGCAGAAGCAGCAUCCUGACAGGUCAGUACCCCCACAACCACGAGGUGAGGAACAACUCGCUGUCUGGGAACUGCUCUAGCGUUCUGUGGCAGAAAGGCCCCGAGUCCACGGCCUUCCCCUUCCACCUCAGCAAACAACAGUACCAGACGUUCUUCGCUGGCAAGUACCUGAACCAGUACGGUAAGAAAGAUGCAGCAGAGGCUGGCCAUAUUCCACCUGGCUGGGACCAGUGGCACGCACUGGUGGGGAACUCACUGUACUACAACUACACACUGUCAGUCAACGGCAAAGAGGAAAAGCAUGGAGACAGUUAUGAGAAGGACUACCUCACAGACCUCAUAGCCAACCGGUCCCUGUCCUUCCUGGACAACAGGAGCCCCCAGCAUCCCUUCUUCCUGAUGCUGUCCCCUCCAGCUCCUCACUCCCCCUGGACAGCAGCACCACAGUACCAGAAAGAGUUCAGCAACGUCAAAGCUCCUCGAGACGGGAGCUUUGACAGACCAGGGAAGGACAAACACUGGCUGCUGCGUCAGCCUGUUAACCCCAUGCCAAACAGCUCCCUCAACUUCCUGGACAGUGCUUACAGGAAAAGGUGGCAGACCCUGUUAUCUGUGGACGACAUGGUGGAGCUGCUGGUCAAGAAACUGGAGAGUAUAAAGGAGCUGAACAACACCUACAUCUUCUACACGUCAGAUAACGGCUACCACACAGGUCAGUUCUCUCUGCCCAUUGAUAAAAGGCAGCUGUAUGAAUUUGACAUCAGGGUUCCGCUCAUGGUCCGGGGUCCUGGCAUCAAACCAAACCAGACGUUGCAGGCUCCAGUGCUGAAUAUCGAUCUGGCUCCAACCAUACUGGACAUAUCUGGUGUCAACCUGUCCUCUGUCAAUGUGGAUGGGCAGUCUUUCCUCUCUCAGAUGGCCCCGUCACUGCGUAAUGGCACUGCACGUCCCUUUUUCCUUGUUGAAUACACCGGAGAGGGACAUCCAACGUCGGAUCCUGCUUGUCCUAAACUGGGCCCUGGACUGUCUCAAUGUUUCCCAGACUGCGUGUGUGAAGACGCCUACAACAACACCUACGCCUGCGUCAGGACCCUCACCAAAGACCAGGACCUACAGUACUGCGAGUUUGCAGACAGCGAGUCUUUUGUAGAAGUGUACAACCUGACGUCAGACCCCCACCAGCUGGAGAACAUUGUGAAGAAGGUGGACCCGACCGUCCUGCAGGAGAUGAACCAGCGGCUCAUAAAGCUCCAGUCCUGUCAGGGCGACAGCUGCAGGAAUGUCAAGUGAAGAGGAGGCAACAGGAAGCUGCCAAACACAGACUGCUUCAUGCUCUCAGUGGAGGAUGCGGUUGGUUUAUCUGACUGUUUAGUCUGAUUAGGGCAACUUUUACCACAGGUGUGAUCGUUGGAGGCGUUUUCUUAACCAUGUUUUCCAUUUUGACCAAUCUCAGAAAGAAAAGCACAGGUGUGAAAUCAUAAAAUUACCGAUGGCUGGAUUCUGUUUGGCUGCUUCAGUUUCUGGGUCCUGGUGUUGUGCAUGCUGGUUCACUGUCACACUGUCACGGUUUACUGAGACACUUGAGUAGAAAAGAGCCACAGUUAAAGUUCAGUUUUGGGAAAUACACUUUCUCCUGCAGAGAAGUAGACAUUCAGAUCGAUACCACUCAUGUCUGUGCGGGAAAUAUUAAAGGGAUUGUUGAUAUUUGUGGGGUGGGGUUGUAUUAGGUACUCUAAAGUCAGUGUAUUACCUACAGUAGAUGUCAGUUGUGAUGUGCCCAGCUUGGAGAAGCAGCCUAGAGUCUGACAUGGACGCUAAGUAAUGUUCUGCUGUGGACGAGGGCGGCAACAAAAUGUCAGCCACCUUAAAAAAAUCUGUACAAUUUAAGUGUGCACUAUAUUGAGAGUAUUUACCUUUUCAUUAGUGAAGAAGCCAUUAGCGGCUCCAGUUCCCCAUCUAUGCUCUCGCCAAAGCCUCCAGACUCCAUUGACAAAAAUAGUCAUUUUAGCGUGCUGAACACAGGAGCUGCUGGUCUACUGCUGCUUCAGUCAGUUAGUUAGUUUGUGUUAUUGUGUGGUGAAUCUGAACUACCUGGCUGACGGGGGCAGCAGUACAGCAGCAGCUCCUGCGUUCAGCAGUGUUAAAUCACUGUUUUUCUCAAUGGAGUCUGGUUCUGAGCAGAGUGACUUAACGGCUUAAUUUUCCCAUAGGAGCAGCGAAAACAUCCCAAAUGUAGCGCACUUAAACUGAUAUUGAUUAUUUUAGGUUGGACUUUUUUAGGUAGCUAAAAUAUGUUUUGUUGCCGCUCUUGUCCACGGCAGUUCAUGGCUUAGAGACUCCAGGAUGCUUCUCCAAACUGAAGGCGUAUCGACUGACAUCUACUGUAUGUAGCACACUGUCUACCUCAUACAAUCCAACUUCAAAAAAUCUGAACUGUCCCUUUAAGCUACAGCCAGCAAAUGGUUAGCUUAGCUUUGCAUAAAGACUGGAAACAUGGAGAAACAGGCAACCUGGCUCUGUGCAACAGCGACAAAAUGUUCCUACCGCCACCUCUGAAGCUAAUGAACGUGUAAAAACAGCACAUCAGCAUUUUACAUGGAGUCAUGUGCCGCACUUUUUCUUGCUCUGAAAAGAAGAAAUAGUUACUUUUAAUUUUAUAUGUUUUAGCACGGACUCCUCACCAGAAAGCAAAUUUCCCAAAAUGUCGAACUCUUCCAUUAAUGUUAUGACUGCUGUAAAACUUCAACCAGAAGCCAGGUCCUAAUUAAACUCCCAGUCGCUUUUACUAGCCUGGUGAGGCUACAUAUUUUGACAAGUAAAGGCCUGUCUCAAUUAGAGGCCUGGGGUCUCAUUUA